UUAGGAAUUUUAAAAACAACCUUAGCAGUUUUGCCAUCUAUAUAUUUUGUAAUUUGUAGCAUAACCCAUUAACAAAUAAGCAAAUAAAUUAUAAUUAUAAAUUACGUGGAUAAAUGUUGAAUGAAUUUAAGAUUCUAAAUGGUAAAUAGGAGUUAUAAGGAGGACCAAAUACUAAAACAUUAUGGAAUUUAACACACAGUCGAUAGCAAUUAGCAAAAAUCCUGAAACAGAAGGGUUUGAUUUACAAGCUGGUGUAUCAUGGAUUUAUCCCACCAAUUAUCCAACAAGGGAAUACCAGUUCAAUAUUAUUCAAGAGGCUUUGUUAAAAAACACUUUGGUAAGCCUCCCAACUGGCCUAGGUAAGACCUUCAUAGCGGCAGUGGUUAUGUUUAAUUUUUACCGCUGGUAUCCUAAUGGUAAAAUAAUAUUUAUGGCGCCCACUAGACCGUUGGUCAAGCAACAAAUCGAUGCUUGUUACAAUAUCAUGGCCAUACCACAUAAAGUUACAGCUGAAUUAACAGGUACGAAAAAUUCGGUUUCACGUGCAGACGUUUGGAUGGAAAAAAGAGUAUUUUUUGUCACACCACAAGUGUUACAAAAUGAUUUGGAAACUCUCAGUCAGUUAGGGGGUACCAUUAGAUGUUUAGUAUUCGAUGAGGCACAUAAAGCUAGAGGUAACCAUGCUUAUUGCCAAGUCGUACGUAAGUUAGUAGAAGAUGGUCAUAAAUAUUUUCGAGUGUUAGCUUUAAGCGCCACUCCCGGGAGUAAUACUAAUGAUGUGUCAGAGGUGGUGCAAAACUUGUUGAUAUCUCAUCUGGAAUUUAAAACUGAAGAAAGUCUCGAUGUUAAGCCUUAUGUAUUUCGGCGGACUUUAGAAACUGUUGUUGUUGAACUGGGUGAUAAGCUAAUGGAGGUUAAGGAGAAGUUUUUAAAGAUAUUAGACCAGAAUAUCAGAACACUCAUAAAAUACAAAAUAGUCCGCGGUGACUGCAGCUCUUUAACUAAAGGAAAAUUAUUUAUGUUACUGCAAGAAUACAAAAGAACUAAUGGAUCUGAUAAGACUCCAGUGGCAAACGAAAUUAAACGGAGUCUAAACAAAUGUAUCUCAUUGUACCAUGCUUAUGAGCUGUUGAUUAGGCACGGGCUUAGAAGUUUUGUGUCGUUUGUAACAGAACAUAUUAACAAUCCUUUAAUGAGAGGAGACUUUCAGGUAAGAGAAAUAAUGGAGGAAGUAAAAAGCUAUUUGGGACCAAUUCCCGAUAUUCAAAUGCUUCCAGACGGCUCUUACCCUGAGAUUCCAAAAAGUAUUAAAUUCGGCCAUCCAAAGCACUAUAAAUUACGAGACAUUCUAAUAUCACAUUUCUCCAGUGAGGAGCAUAAAAAUAGCAGAGUAAUUGUGUUUUUCGAAUAUAGAGAGUCUGCCAUGGAAAGCCAUAUAUUAUUGUUGCAGUCUAGGCCCCUCAUACUUCCAAAAUUAUUUUUGGGUCAAGGAGGUGGAGUAACACAAAAAAUACAGUUGGCGGUAGUAAAAGCUUUUAGAGAAGGUAAAUGUAAUACUUUGCUAUCGACCUGUAUAGGUGAAGAAGGCUUGGAUGUGGGAGAUGUUGACUUAAUAGUAUGCUUUGACAUUUCUACUAAGUCUCCUAUUCGAAUGGUGCAAAGGAUGGGAAGAACCGGUCGGAAACGAUCUGGGAGCGUUUUGGUUUUAGUCACAGAAGGAAAAGAGCAACAAACGCUUAAGGACUGUCUCAUUCAUAAGAAUAACGCAUUUUCCCACAUAUUUGGCUCAGUUCAUAUUAGAAACAGCCUUUUCCCGAACAGUCCAAGACUGGUACCAGAAAACCUUACGCCGAAGUGUGAAAAAAUGUUUAUUACUGUAACGGAACAGAAGCAACAAAAUAUUAUGGAUAAGUUUUUCAGACGAUCUAAAUCAUCUUCCGAAUUAAUUUUCAGUCAGAAUUACGACGAUAUAGAAUUUAAAAACCUAAUACCUGAUAGUAGAAUGAUUGCCUUUGAAGGUGCUGCAGAAAAUUCUAUUGAAUGUAAAAAUAUAUUUAACAGGCGCAUUGAGAAGAUCAGAAAUGUUCAAAAAACUUAUGGAGUCCAACAUUCAGAUACCACUAAGGCACUUAUUGAUUUGUUACAUUUUGCCGACGCAAAACGGUUUAAUGUACCUACAAUAACACAAGGUAGUGAAAAUAAUCCGACUAAAGCACUAAAACAAGGCGACAUUAGAAGUAUGUUUGCUAAAGAUCCUGUUCUUCCUGCAUCUUUAAAGGAUUUUCAAGUUACUCAAACCACUCAAAAAGACUCACUCGACACAUUUACUCCGGAGUGCACAGAAAAGAUUUCACCUCUCAGCUCAGCAUUCCAAACCGAACCAUUAUUCAAAUUAUUAUCGAAUUAUCUUACAUCGAGCAGUGCCAAUGACACCAAAAAAUGUUCGUAUUGUGAUCAAAUCGAUUGCGAAAAGUUUGCAUUAAACUUUGUCAACAACAACUUAUCAGUGAUGAUACCAAGCGAGGAAGUAAUUAAAAAAAUUAACAUGGAAGAUAUAGAUAAAAUGAUAGCGUCCCUAGAUGGCACCAAUGAGCAAAUUGAAUGUUUAAAGGAUACCGUUCUUGAUCUGGGAUCAGAUUUUGAAGAGGAAGAUGUGUUUGAAGAACCAAUAGAUGAGAAGCAAUUUUGCUUUGAGGCUCCGUCAAAUUAUUCAAAACUAAAAGACACUUUUAGGGAAAUCGAAGCCAUUACUCCAUCUCCCUUUAGCCAACAAAGAGAAGAACUUAAACCGAUAAGUGAAAAAGAGUUAUGCGAGUUCUUUAUGUUAGAGUCUCUAGACGAGCUGUUAAAACCUGAGGAGCACCAGAAUAGUUCUCAAGAAACCAUUAUAUAUUCGCCUGAAAUAGACAAUGUUCAUGAUGUCGCCGUGAGGAGUGAGUAUCCGGUGAAUGCUACAGAUAAAAAUCAUAGCGAUAGUGACAUUAUCGGUAGUGAUUUGGAUGAUUUUUGUGAUUUGGCUUACUUUGGAUUGGCUGAUACGAUCAAGUCGCCUAUAUGUAAGGAAAGAAGUUUUAAAUUGGAUGAAGAUAGAACGCCUAGUCCUCAAGAUUUAGAGUUAUUGGAGAAGAAUGACUGCAACGUACCAUUAAAUGAGUCAAUUAUGAUAAGUUCAGAGGAAGAAUUUCUUCUCUCACCCACGUUGCCUCAACGAGAGACAUUUGACACCUCCUUAAAUAAAAGCAUUAAACCUAUUAAAAAACCUUCCAUGAGAAACGUGGCCAAUAUAAGUAAAUCGUGUAAUAUAGACAAUAACCUCAGAAAAUUUACAAAUUCCGAUGUGCCAAUAACGCAAAUCAUUGAUUCGACGUGUGAACCAAAUAACUUAAACCAAAGCAUAAAACCUUCUUUGAAUAAUUUGAAAAUUCCAAUUACGCAAAUGGUUGAUAUGUUAAAUGAAACCACUCAAGACAAGUGUACUAAUAAUAAUGAAAAUAGUAUUGAAAACAAAAGCUUUGUAUGCGGUAGAGCGGAAGUUUCCUUUCAUAAAGGAUCUUCUACCAGUCGAAAUCCGUUGGAAGAAAGCGCAAUUUUGAAUACUAGCGAUAUUUUAUUAAAAACGCCUUUUAAAAGAAAAGAGCGAGUACCCUCCAUAUGCGAUAAGGCCCUAGAAAGAAAAGGUAACAUUUUAAAUAACAGUAUAUUUAGGAAACCUACAAAUAUAACGAGAAAGAAGAUUUCAAAAACCGGAUGGAUAAGCAAAGAACAGGCGUCUUCGUCGGAAGAUGAUUUUGAACCAGUAGAGACAAGUUUUGUUGCUGUUCGGAAAAAGAAAAGUACAAAGAGACCCAAUACUUUUCUAGAUAUGGAAGCCCGCUUAUCUGAUGAUGAAAAUGUUUUUGUAUCUGAUGAUGAAGAAGAGGACUUUCCAGAUCAUUAUGAUAAGAGCUUCGUUAAUGACGAAACACAACAAAUCAAUUCAGAAACUCAUGCCAUGUACCUGCAAUCCAUAAAAAGUCCAGCAAAACCCAAGUUUCGACGGCCAUUACCUCCCAUGAACCCCUUGGAAAUAUAUUCACAACUGCCCCAAAACGACUAUAAUAGUUAUUUGGUGGAUAGUUUUUGUGUAGAUAAGCCAGAUGAGCUUCUAACACAAGUACAAGAAUUAUCAGAGCUAGAUAUAUUAGAGAGACAAUUAGAAGAGAAAAGAAAAAGGAAAAAGAAGUCAAAAUUAAAUUGUGCACCUACGAAAAGAAGAAGAAUUAAAUGUAUAUCUAGUGAUAGCGAAUAGUUAUUUUAUUUCUUACGUAUAAAAAGCUCCAUCUUUUAGUUGUUUUUUUUUUUGUUAAUUUUAGAGUUCAUCUCUUAAUUGUAUUUUAAUGAGAAAAUGGAAAAUUUUUGGGGUUUCCUUCACGUAUUGUUAUUAUUAAGAAUGAUCUGAUUUUUAUUAUUUUUAUAUUUUUUUACAUUAAACUAUUAUUUGUGAAAAUAGUAUUAAUUUGUUAUAAAUAAACUGAGUUUUUGAAA